CUCCCGCAGGCCAAAAUCGUGAGCAUGAUGGAGGGCAACCAGCAGCUGGCCUUGCGCAUCGACGGAGCCCUCCAGGCGGCCGGGCAGGAGGUGAGCGCCUUGCGAGCCGAGCUGACAGCCACCAGCCGCAGACUGGCCGAGCUCAGCGCCGGCUCCGGCCCCGGAGGAGGAGGCGGAGGAGGCGGCGGCGGGAGCGGCAGCAGCAACGGCAGCCCCAACGCCACGGAGAUGGCCGCCGGCGGCGCCAUGGACAACAGCCAGCCCAGCCUCCAAGUUCUUCUCCGAGAAGAGGUGUCCCAGCUACAGGAAGAAGUCCACUUGCUCCGGCAAAUGAAGGAAAUGCUCACGAAAGACCUGGAGGAAACCCACGGCGGCAAGUCGACGGAGAUUCUCUCUGCCACUGAGCUCAAAGUCCAGCUGGCCCAGAAGGAGCAAGAGCUCACGAGAGCCAAAGAAGCCCUCCAAGCCAUGAAAGCCGAUCGGAAGCGUUUGAAGGGAGAGAAGACUGACCUGGUCAGCCAGAUGCAACAGCUCUACGCCACCCUGGAAAGCCGGGAAGAGCAGCUACGGGACUUCAUCAGGAACUACGAGCAACACAGAAAAGAAAGUGAAGAUGCAGUCAAAGCACUUGCGAAAGAGAAAGAUCUGCUGGAGCGGGAAAAGUGGGAGUUACGCCGGCAAGCCAAAGAGGCCACGGACCACGCCAGCACCCUGCGUUCGCAGCUGGAUCUGAAAGACAACCGCAUGAAGGAACUGGAAGCUGAGCUGGCCAUGGCGAAGCAGUCCUUGGCGACCCUGACGAAGGACGUCCCCAAGCGGCACUCCUUGGCCAUGCCCGGCGAGACGGUGCUGAACGGGAAUCAGGAAUGGGUGAUGCAGGCCGACCUCCCGCUCACGGCUGCCAUCCGGCAGAGCCAGCAGACGCUGUAUCAUGCGCACCCCCAGCACACGGUAGACCGGCAAGCAGUCCGAGUGAGCCCGUGCCAUUCCCGGCAGCCUUCCAUCAUCUCCGACGCGUCGGCGGCAGAAGGCGACCGGUCGUCCACGCCGAGCGACAUCAACUCGCCGCGGCACCGAACGCACUCGCUCUGCAAUGGGGAUAGUCCUGGACCGGUACAGAAAAACCUGCACAACCCAAUUGUCCAGUCUCUAGAGGACCUCGAAGACCAAAAACGGAAAAAGAAGAAAGAGAAGAUGGGUUUCGGCUCCAUCUCCCGGGUGUUUGCCAGAGGGAAGCAGCGGAAAUCGCUCGACCCCGGGCUCUUCGAUGGUACCGCUCCAGAUUAUUAUAUAGAGGAGGACGCCGACUGGUGACAGCCUGCCCUCCCUGUCCCGCUUUCUGGUGUGCGUGCGUGCGUGCCUGCGUGCGUGCGUGGGAGUGUCUGUGUGUGCGCGCGAGCGAAACGCCUCUAACUGAACCCGGCGGCCUGUGAGCCGCGCUGCCUCUUCUGCGUUGCCUCUUCUGUAACCCGCUGUACAUAACCCCCAAACGAUCCCGUGUGUGAAACCCCACCCCCACCCCAUUAACUGUUGUCUUAUGGAGCGAUGCCAGUUGUGCUGUGUAGCCUUUCCCGGUUCCGUUCUGGGCUGUGUUCUGUUUUCGUUUUUUUAUUUCCUCCUGCUGCCUCUCCUCCACAC